AUGUCUUCCAUCCCAAAUAGAUUUAAUAUUUACGGUGAUCGUGAAUUUUGUCCCAUUGACAUGGAUCACAACUCCAGAAUGCCUCGAUCAAUGUUCAUUACAUCUGAUUCUAGCAACCAUGGAGAUUUGUUUUCUUCUUCUCCAUCAUUAUCUUAUCAAAAUUCUCAUGUCUCUUCAUCUUAUUUUGGAGUUAACAAUUCACAUAUGACCUAUCAUAUGAUGAAAAGAAACAUUGAUUUUGUUUCUAGUGCUGAAUAUUUGCCUAUGGCAGAUAAUUCUCGUCUUACUAGAGUUUCUUUCACUCAAACCAUCACAAAUCAGUAUACUUCCAUCGUUCCCACCAAUACACUUGACACUAUUCAAUAUGGUAUUGAACGUGUCAAACGAGGCAUGGGUUCUAAAACCAAUAUUUGGAAUCCUGUGCUUCGUUCUCCAAAUUUUCUUGAUAAACACUGCAAGAUUCUGAACCCUGAACCUCUUAAUGUCAUUUUUCCAUGCCAAGAUUAUGCAUAUCGUCAACAAGCUGACAUGUUUUCCUCACCAUCGAGGCACAACCAUGAUCAACAUAAUCUCCAAGAUGGUCGACCUUUGAAAAAAAUCUUCAAACCAACCAGGGAUUUUGAAGAAACUAUUGAAGAUAGAAGUUGUGAAGAAAAUAAGAAAAGUGAAGAUGAUGGUCGAACACACAGUCUACCAUAUGAGAAAUAUGGUCCAUAUACAUGUCCUAAGUGCAAUGGUAUAUUUGACACUUCUCAAAAAUUUGCUGCACAUAUUUCAUCUCACUACAGGACUGAGACGGACAAAGAAAGAGCCCAGAGAGUCCGUGCAAGAAAUAAAAGAAAGUAUGGUAAACUUAAUCUCGAAGUUCAUGGCGAGUCUCAAAAAAUCAAUCCAGAGGAUGGAGCUAAUGGCGGUGGAAGAAGUGACGAUAAGAUUAAUGAAGAGCUUCUUUAG